AAUGCGCUUUACAAGGAAAUGUUUUUCUUCAAUUUUUGGUACUGCAAUAUGUAAUAAAUUAGAGCAAUAUAGUCAAUAUAGACCUUCUUCCCUAACUAUUCAACAAUAUCUCGAUUUUGGACUACAUGGGACAGCAAAAACGUCUUUUUCUUUUCUAAAAACAGAGCUUUUGGUUCGUCUCGCCAACAUUAUGAAGGAGAUUGAGUUGCUUCCCCCAUCGUUGCUUAACACUUCGAGUGCUCGUCAAGUGUCAGAAUGGUACAGGAGAUCCUUUCAGGAAUUGCUUUGUUUUGAAAGUUCAAAAGGGGACGAUCAGGAUAUAUUUAAAUUCAACGAUCAACUCCAAGUCAUUUUGAAGCGACACAGCAAUGUUGUGCAGACAAUGGCAGAGGGUUUAAUAGAACUAAAAUCAUCUGGUGGUGUAGACAUUGGAAGUGAACAAAGUAUUCAAUAUUUCCUUGAUCGCUUCUAUUUGAAUCGAAUCUCCAUUCGAAUGCUUCAAUAUCAACAUUUGGUUGUUUUUGGCUCAGUUUUACCAGAAUCUCCUAACCAUGUUGGAUGUAUAGAUCCAGUUUGUGAUGUAACUUCCGUUGUUCAAGAUGCCUAUGAAAAUGCUCGAUUUCUUUGUGAUCGUUAUUAUUUGAAUGCACCACAAUUGGAGCUGGAUUGUUUAAAUGCUCUUUCGCCGGGUAAAAAAUUGUCUGUAGUAAUUGUGCCAUCACAUCUUUACCACAUUAUGUUUGAAUUAUUUAAGGUUUGUUAUAUUUAA